AUGGCAGAAUCCUCAUCUACCUGCUCUCCUGCCUUGGAGAUGGGAUAUGUGGAAUCAUAGUAGCAUUCGCUCCAAACUUUACUGUAUUUUUGAUCUUCCGUUUUCUCCAAGGUGUGUUUGCCAAGGGAACCUGGAUGACAUGCUAUGUGAUCGUGACAGAGAUCGUUGGUUCUUCCCAGCGGAUCAUUGGGAUCGUGAUACAGAUAUUUUUCACCCUGGGAAUUAUGAUUCUCCCUGGAAUUGCCUACUUGGUUCCCACUUGGCAGGGGAUCCAGCUGGCCAUUUCACUGCCCAACUUCCUUUUCCUGGUCUACUACUGGUUUGUUCCUGAAUCUCCACGUUGGCUCCUGACGCGCAAGAAGGGAGAGAAGGCAUUAAAAAUCAUGCAUGACAUUGCAAAACACAAUGGGAAAUAUCUCUCACCACAUUACUCAGAGGUAUUGUCAUCUGUCUGAACUAGAGUUUUCUCUAAGCUUUCCUAAUCUUUUGAAGGUUCCGUUUGAUUUGUGGGGUGGGCAAAACUCUUGUAGUGUUACACCAGAACAAGAUUUUCAGUCCCAUACGUACAUUGUUAUGUUCAAGAGGGUUAAAAGCAAAUAGGGUGGAAAGAUACAGGCUAAAAAAGGGAGUUUGCAAAACAGUUGAGUCUUUCAGUUGCAACACUCCUACUUUAAAAAACCUUUGGAAAAUAUGUGAAACUAGCCUGAGGUCCAAUGGUAUUUCACAGCAGCUACCAUUUAAAGUGACAGAGUGAGUGGAGGUGGAAGGAUCCACUUCCAUGGCUCCUUUGCUAGAUCUUUCUUCUACAACCAAAACAGAAGAUCGUGUAGAAAACACAACUCUAAAUAUCAGUUUGAUUCCAUCCCUAUUAGGGAAAACACGUUGAAAAAUUCAAAAUAUGGGAAGCACUGUCACUUUUUAAAAAUAGGAAAAUAUAUGUUAGAAUUAGAGUCCUCUGAAAAGUGGUCUUGACAGAGCUGAAACGACUGAUGCAUUUCACAUUUCACAUUUCACUUUUAUGUCAUUAUAAUAUUUGCCUCACUUUGUUGGGUAGCAUAGCCUGGCUCUUAGACCAUGUUUUCCGUUGUAUUGGCCCCAUGGAUUAAUGAUAACAGAUGUGAAUGGGGGUUUUGUUGCAGAAAAAACAUGUUUUGAGACUAAAUGCUAUUAACAGUAAUGUUCGAAAUCAUUAUCUAUAACAGAGAAAACACCGGCAGAUUGCUAGCCUGAAGGUGACUAGCUAAACACUCUUUUAGAAAUUAUUUUCAUAUUGAAAAGGAACUAGUUACAGAAAAUGGCCAUUUUUGAGUACACAGUAGUAACAUAUGCAUGUAGCCUACGUAUUUGCAUAUGUGUAUACAUUCAUUCUCACACAUAUACAAAAUUACCAUGUGUGACUUUUAGAGUGUCACAGUCUAAAGGAAAAGACUUUGGGUCCAGAGAGG